CCCUUUCCCCUCCGCCUCCAUUUCCCAGAGGGCGGCGGGGAAGCAGGGCAGGAAGUCUCGUGCGCCUGAGUCAGGGGAGGAGCGGGCGCGAUGGCGCUGGAGACCCUGUCCCCGGACUGGGAGUUCGACCGCCUCGAUGACGGCUCGCAGAAAAUUCAUGCUGAAGUGCAAUUGAAGAAUUAUGGAAAAUUUCUUGAGGAAUAUACAUCUCAGCUGAAGAGAAUUGAAGAUGCUUUGGAUGACUCUGUUGGAGAUGUUUGGGACUUCAGCCUUGAUCCCAUUGCAUUAAAGCUUUUGCCAUAUGAACAGUCCUCCCUACUAGAGCUCAUAAAGACAGAAAACAAGGUUCUAAACAAAGUAAUAACUGUGUAUGCGGCUCUCUGCUGUGAAAUCAAGAAGUUAAAAUAUGAGGCAGAAACUAAAUUUUAUAAUGGCCUCUUGUUUUAUGGAGAAGGAGCCACAGAUUCCAGCAUGGUGGAGGGAGAUUGCCAAAUACAGAUGGGAAGAUUUGUUUCUUUCUUGCAGGAGCUGUCCUGCUUUGUUACCCGAUGUUAUGAAGUGGUGGUGAAUGUAGUGCAUCAGUUGGCUGUUCUCUAUACAAGCAACAAGAAUGCACCAAAAAUUAUAGAGACAUCUGGAGUUCAUUUUCAGGCAAUGUAUGAGCACCUGGGGGAAUUGCUCACAGUCUUAAUCACUCUGGAUGAAAUAAUUGACAAUCAUGCCACUCUGAAAGAUCACUGGACCAUGUAUAAGAGGCUGCUAAAAUCUGUCCAUCACAACCCUUCUAAGUUUGGGAUUCAAGAAGAUAAACUGAAGCCUUUUGAAAAGCUGCUGUUAAAACUGGAAUGCCAGUUACUUGAUGGAAUGAUAUUUCAGGCCUGCAUAGAGCAACCAUUUGAUUCUCUAAAUGGUGGAGUGUCGGUGUCAAAGAACAGCACGUUUGCUGAAGAAUUUGCUCACACUCUUCGCACAGCUUUUGCAAAUGUUGAAACCAAACUUGGUGAACCUUCAGAAAUUGACCAGAGAGAUAAAUACGUGGGCAUCUGUGGCCUCUUUGUACUGCAUUUUCAGAUUUUUCGGACCAUAGACAAGAAAUUUUACAAGUCAUUGUUGGAUGUCUGUAAAAAGGUACCAGCUAUCACGUUAACUGCUAACAUUAUCUGGUUUGCUGAUAACUUCCUGAUUCAGAAGAUACCAGCUGCUGCCAAACUUCUGGAUAAGAAAAGUAUUCAUACAGUUAAACUGCAAAGGGAAAACUUUCUACAGCAGAAGGCACAGUCACUUACCAAAGAUAUGCAGUCAUAUUAUGUUUUUGUGAGCUCAUGGAUGACAAAAAUGGAAUCUAUCUUGUCAAAAGAGCAACGUGUGGAUAAGUUUGCUGAAGAUCUGUCAAACCGCUGCAAUGUCUUCAUCCAGGGUUUUCUUUAUGCAUACAGUCUUAGCACCAUCAUUAAAACUACAAUGAAUCUCUACAUGUCAAUGCAAAAACCUAUGACCAAAACCUCAGUGAAAGCUCUAUGCAGACUUGUGGAACUUCUGAAGGCAAUAGAACACAUGUUUUACCGAAGAAGUAUGGUUGUGGCUGAUUCUGUGACACACAUUGCUCAGCAUCUGCAAUAUCAGGCUCUUCACACUAUUUCUGUAGCCAAGAAAAGAGUAAUUUCUGAUAAAAAGUACAGUGAGCAACGCCUGGAUGUCCUCUCUGCUUUGGUGUUGGCUGAGAACACCCUUCAUGGGCCAAGUACGAAACAGAGGCGAUUAAUUGUUUCCCUUGCACUAAGCGUGGGAACACAGAUGAAAACUUUUAAAGAUGAAGAACUCCUUCCCCUUCAGCUCGUUCUGAAAAAACUAGACCUGAUCAGUGAACUUACAGAGAGAAUUAGAGCGCAAUGUGACUGUUGUUUCUUGUACUGGCAUCGAGCAGUCUUUCCAAUCUAUUUAGAUGAUGUGUAUGAAAAUGCAGUUGAUUCUGCUAGAUUGCAUUAUAUGUUUAGUGCACUGCGGGACUGUGUACCUGCUAUGACACAUGCAAGACACUUGGAGUCUUACGAGGUGCUUCUGGAAUGCUAUGACAAAGAAAUCAUGGAAGUGCUUAAUGAGCAUUUGCUGGACAAGUUAUGUAAAGAGAUAGAAAAGGACCUGCGCUUAUCAGUUCAUACGCACCUAAAGCUGGAUGACAGAAACCCCUUCAGAGUUGGUAUGAAGGAUCUAGCUCACUUCUUCUUUCUGAACCCAAUACGUUUUUUCAAUCGAUUCAUUGACAUUAAAGCUUAUGUAACUCACUAUUUGGACAAGACCUUCUACAAUUUAACAACUGUAGCUCUUCAUGACUGGGCCACCUACAGUGAAAUGAGAAACCUAGCAACGCAACGCUAUGGUUUAAGUAUGACUGAAGCACAUCUUCCCAGCCAGACUCUGGAGCAGGGUCUGGAUGUUUUGGAAAUCAUGAGAAACAUUCAUGUUUUUGUAUCCCGCUACCUCUACAAUCUGAAUAAUCAGAUCUUCAUUGAAAGAACAAGUAAUAACAAACACUUGAACACUAUCAAUAUCCGACACAUUGCUAAUUCAAUUCGAACUCAUGGAACAGGAAUCAUGAACACAACAGUAAAUUUUACUUACCAAUUUUUGAGGAAAAAGUUCUAUAUUUUUAGCCAGUUCAUGUAUGAUGAGCAUAUCAAAUCCAGGCUUAUCAAGGACAUCAGAUUCUUCAGGGAAGUCAAGGAUCAAAAUGAUCACAAGUAUCCCUUUGAAAGAGCAGAUAAAUUCAACCGCGGUAUCAGGAAACUUGGAAUAACCCCGGACGGCCAGAGCUAUCUUGACCAGUUCAGACAACUGAUAAGUCAAAUUGGCAACGCUAUGGGUUAUGUACGAAUGAUAAGAUCUGGUGGACUUCACUGCUGUAGCAGUGCAAUUAGGUUUGUUCCUGAUCUGGAAGAUAUUGUUAACUUUGAGGAGCUGGUGAAAGAAGAAGGGCUCUCAGAAGAAACACAAAAAGCAGCAAGGCAGUUGGACUCUGUCCUUGGUGACCUCACACGUAACUUUGCAGAGGGAACAGAGUACUUCAAAAUGCUUGUGGAUGUGUUUGCUCCUGAAUUCCGCAGUCCAAAGAACAUGCAUUUGCGGAACUUCUAUAUAAUUGUUCCUCCACUGACCCUCAAUUUUGUAGAGCAUUCUAUCAGUUGCAAGGAGAAAUUGAAUAAGAAGAACAAAAGUGGAGCAGCUUUCACUGAUGAUGGGUUUGCUAUGGGUGUGGCUUACAUUCUGAAGCUUUUGGAUCAGUACCAAGAGUUUGAUUCUCUGCACUGGUUCCAGUCUGUUAGAGAGAAGUAUGUGAAGGAAAUCAGAGCAGUAGCUAAGCAACAGAAUGUGCAGUCCACAAAUCAAGAUGAAAAACUACUACAAACUAUGAACCUUACCCACAAGCGACUGGAAGUUUGUUUACAGGAAUUUGAACUCCUUUACUUCUCACUCAGUAGUGCAAGAAUAUUUUUCAGAGCAGAUAAAACUGCAGCAGAAGAAAACCAGGAAAAGAAGGAAAAAGAAGAAGAAUGUGUUAAAACCAGCAAUGGCGAACUCCCCAACUCGAUGCCUGCAGAUCCCGUUGUGAAAUGAUGUGUCUGGUAUGGGUGAUGAUUACUUAACUCAAAUAAUUCAUGUUCUCAUCAUCAGUAACACUCUGUAGGGGAUAAACGCUCUAAAUUUGAUUUACUUGCUCUGUUAAACCCAAGAGAGAACAUACAGUAGUAUACUAGCAUUCAGUAAGGCUAGGUCAGUGUUUGUAUUUCCUAGAGGAACUCCUGUUUUUCAGGAGUUUCCAUUAUUUACAUCACUUAGAUGAAAAUAAUGAUAUAAAAUGUUGACCCUGGAGGUAGUUAUUUUAAAGUACAGAUUAAAAACUUACUAAUUUUUAGAUGCAUUCUUGCGUCUCUAACAUAGUAUUAAAAAAAACCUCAUAGGCCACUGGUCUAAGGUUUGAACUGAUGCAUCUCUUCAACCAGGAAAAAACCAAACCAAGCUAUCGUGCAUAUUGGUUGUCCAAGAGAAUAAUUCAGACGUAUUUUUACGCAGUCCUGUUGUAUUUAAUGCAGUCACAGAUUACACUGUAGAUGUAACAGUGUAUGUUGUGACUGCAUGUUAGUUAUCACACAAAAUGGAAGUCCUCCUUGAUGUUUUAUUCAACAAACCCUUAUUACAACUACAGAGAGUAUUUGCACUGUGGGAUCUGAGGAUCCUGUCAGGCAUUUAUUUAUCCCUGCUAGUUUUUAACUCUUAGAUCAGAGAAAGGGGAAAACCAGAAAAGUUAAUGUAAUAAAUUACUUCUCAUUUCAUACCCAAGGUCUGAUUUGCAUCCACAGAAGUAAGGAAAUCCAGAGCCAAGACAGAACCACAAUCAGCUCUUCCUUUUAUGACCAGACACUGUGUGAUGGGUGUCUGUAACUAUUAAGUGAUCUUACAGUUCAUGAAUAUGUUGUGCCUAAUCGCAAGUUUCAGCCUCAAUGCUGUAUUUCCUGGCCUGUGUAGGCUUGUUGUACCCUCCGUGUUGUUCAUACAGUCUUACAUGCCUGAUUGUUAACAAUAAUUGCACUGCAGGCUUCAGAAGCUGCUGAACACUGUGAGAACUCUGUAUAAAUGUAACAUCCAUUAAUGCCUGCCAGUAGAGGUUUUAGACUGUGCAAGAGUUACUCAGAUUCCUAACUUCAGUAAGUAGCUAGACUUAGCUUAAAAGUAAACCCCACUCAUUAAAAGAUAGGGUUGUGUUUUCGAUCUCCCAGAACAUAAAAAAACUUCUAGGUCUUACUAACUAGAAUAAACUACUCCAGUCAGUCCAACGGAGAAUAACUUUUUUGGGGUUUUGUUUUUGGCACUCUUACUGUAGUUUUAGACCAUUCAUGCCAGCUUCUUUCAUCUCUUCACAUUACAAAAAAAGUGAUGUUUUAGUGGUUCAAAUUGUUCCACCCACCCUGGGUCACUAGCUAAGACAAUUCCUGUUAUAAUUCUGAUUUGCCCUUUUCUGCCAUUCACUCUGAUGUUCAGAUGUUUUGUUGCAACUGGAAAGACCAGACUGAUGCUGAAGUCCUUUUGGUCCUGGAAACAUGACAUAGAAGCUUAAUGGAGUGUAUGAAUCAGCUGGACUCUCACAAGUUUUGUUUUUAAUGCACUCUCAGUGCAGAGACUGCCCUAAAGAAUGCUGCA